GAAGAUUAGUGAAGCGCCUUAUUUGAUGGCCAACGUUAAGCGCACAUGUGAAGGCUUGAUUGAUUUUGAGUUUAACGAAGCAAAGUACGAUUCGAGUAAUCCUUUGGUUUUACCGGGAAAAAAUGGGUCUGGAUCCAAAGGAAAACGUCAAUUGGACCGUAAUCAAAUCGUGCAAAACCAAAUUUUAUCAAAGAAAAGACGAAAAGAACUGUUGCGAAAAGUAUCUCAAAAAGAGAAGAAACUAUCGCGUUCAGAGCUGUGGAGGGAAUUAGAAGAGUAUAAAAAACCUGAAACUACCCAACACAUUUCUGUCUUACCUUUGUUCAACAAACCCAAAUAUUCGGAAAAAAAGCCAACCAAUUGCAACAUCAGGGGAAAGUCUUGGAAACAACAGUGUAAUGACCUAUCAGACACUUCCAAAUCUACAGACGAAUAUAGCAGUGAUGAGUCUGUAUCAACAAACGAGGUUUCUUUUACGCCAGUGGCCUCAGAACAGGAUCUUAACAACGACAAAGUUGGUGAACGCACACAAACCACUGUUGAAGACAAGUUUGAAAACAAACCUCUUGAGGCAGGAAAAGUUUCCAAACCUGCCCGGUUUGUUCUUGUUUCAAGAACACCUGAGGUAGCAGCAUCUCGUCUCGCUCUACCGGUUUUGUCUGAUGAGGCAACUAUAAUGGAAAGUAUCAGUGAAAAUGACUGCGUCAUAAUAUGCGGCGCUACAGGUUGUGGUAAAACUACACAAAUCCCGCAGUUUCUAUAUGAGGCGGGAUAUGCUACAGAGGGAUAUAUGAUUGGAAUAACGGAACCCCGUCGUGUUGCUGCGAUAUCUAUGGCACAUCGAGUCGGUGAGGAACUAAAUUUGACGUCUGGACAAGUUUCUUAUCAUAUACGAUAUGAUAAAGAAGUAACCAAAGAAACGUUGAUAAAAUUUAUGACAGACGGGAUAUUGUUACAAGAAAUAAAACAAGACUUUGAACUAUCAAAAUAUUCUGUCAUAAUUGUGGAUGAGGCUCAUGAACGUUCAAUUUACUCUGAUGUUAUUCUUGGUCUUAUAUCAAUGGUAGUACGAUUACGUCGUCAAAGGUUUACCGAUAACAUACCAACAAAUGGUAAAGUACUGUCGCCACUGAAAUUGAUUAUCAUGUCUGCAACUUUAAAAGUAGACGAUUUUGCUGGAAAUCGUCGUUUAUUUCCACACAAUCCGCCUCCAAUAAUUCAUAUCGAAUCACGUCAGUAUCCUGUAGCAUGUCAUUUUGCCAAAGUAACACAUCUAGAUUAUCUGAAGGCCGCAUUUCGAAAGGUUGUAUCAAUUCACAAGACUUCACCACCUGGUGGAAUUCUUGUAUUUGUCACUGGUCAGCAAGAAGCAAAUACACUUUGCAGUUGGCUUACAAGGGCUUUUCCAAAGAUGGAUGAUCAAAAAGUAAAUUUAACAAAUGAAAAAUCUACUAAAACUCAUAAACACCAGAAAGAAACGAAGAAAUUAAAGGAGUCUGUCAAUGCAACCGCUUCCUCAAAUUCAUUAGAUAGUACCGUUUUAGAAGAAAAAGAUCAGUUUAACUCAGGCAUAGAUCUGAACAACUUUGAUAUUAUUCCUGUUGAUGAAGAAACGGAAAUCGGUCAUACUCGAAUUAAUUCUAAGGAAGUUAUUUCAACGAAAGAAAAACAGUCGAAUAAAAUUACUUAUGAGACGGUGAAUGAUAGUGAUGUUGAAGAGAUUGGUGAAGAUGAUGAUAUACUCGGGCAAAUUAAUGAAAUUCGUGAUGAAUCUUAUCCGGGACCAGUUUACGCUUUACCAUUUUAUUCAUUAUUAUCACCGGAACGCCAACAAAGUGUAUUUCAGCCACCACCUGAAAAUCAUCGUCUCAUUGUUGUUGCUACGAAUGUUGCAGAGACUUCAAUCACAAUCCCGAAUAUUCGAUUUGUUGUAGAUACUGGCAAGGUGAAAACCAAAGUUUAUGAACCAGCUACUGGGACUUCUAGUUUUGAAAUUGUCUGGAUUAGUCAAGCAUCCGCUGAACAACGUGCAGGAAGAGCUGGUCGUAUUGGGCCGGGGCAUUGUUAUCGUCUUUAUAGUUCACAAAUCUUUUCAAGCAUGAAACAAUUCUCUACUCCUGACAUACUUUCACGUCCUAUCGAUGAAGUGGUUUUAAUGUUAAAGCUUUACCUGGGUAAUACAAAAUUAUCGUUGUUUCCUUUACCAACUCCUCCUUUGCCACAAGCGAUUGAAGCAGCUGAAAGACGACUAAUCGCUCUCGGUGCCUUAAAAGAGAUUAUCAAUGCUUCUGGAGGCGUAUCUCGUACAAUUACGGACGCUGGUAAAUGGAUGACACGUGUCCCGGUUCCUGCACGCUUUGCACGAAUGUUAUUAUUUGCAAAUCAAUGUCAAUUAAUGCCGUAUGCUGUGAUACUAGUUGCUGCCUUAUCUGUACCAAAUCUCUUCCUCUCUCAAGUUGCAGAUACACCUGUCUCGGAACAAGAGAAAACUUUUCAGUCAAAUUUUGUCCAACAGUUUGUCAGAAAAAAAGAGGAUUUAUAUCUGGGAGACCUUGCAGUACUACUGGGGACAAUAUGUUGUUUAGAGCGCUACUCAGCUCAGCUCAGUGGACUGACUCCUGCAGAACCUGGUAUAAUUGAGUCUGUUGGUGGGAAGACCUAUGUAUCACGUGAUCCUGAAGGUGCAUUGAGACAGCUCGUUCAUCGAUGUGGUGUCCGGUGGAAUGCAUAUAAAGAAGUUAAGCAACUUCGUAAACAACUAACCGAUAUUUUGAAUGUGAUUAUUCCGGAUCUUGGUCUUUCGAUUGAUCUGUGCUUACCUAAACCCAGUGAUUUUCAAAUGAUCCAGUUGAGACAAUUGUUUCUAGUUGGUUCACCUUGUCAAAUUGCUAAAAAACUUAAUGUCUCGGUCACUGGUUUACCGGGUAAUGAGCGUCGUAGACUACGUUAUGCCUAUGAAAUUCCUGGCAAACAAGGACCCGUAUUUAUUGAUUCAAAUUCCACUUUGGCACGUGAAAAUUUCCCUUUCGUAGCUUAUUUGGAGCUACAUACCACUUCAAAACCAUUCUUACGUUCUGUUUGUGCAAUUGAUCCUGGAUGGAUCCCAUUCUUGGCACCUCAUAGUUAUGCUGUCAGUGACCUUGUAUUGACAGAUAAUGUCGACACCAGUGAAAAUAAAUCUGGAAAUCAAAGCACAGUUAACGAAUCAAAUAAUAGCGGAAGUGGUGAUGAUGAGGGCACUAAAUCUGCUGCCGUUACAUCAAACUCUGUUUUAUCCCUUCCCACUCCGCGUUAUGAUUCUGAACGCGAUACUAUUGUUACAGGUGCGAAAUCUAUUAUAUAUAUUGGGUUGGGUGUUGUUCCUGAGUCUAGUGCACCACUUUUUGAUAAUCAGUUUUUGGAUCUACCAAGCACGGUUCUUGUUCCUAUAAAUAGCAUUGCUGCGGCUCAAUCACUAGGUUUCAAAGAAUCACUAACAUGGAGUGUCCGGUGGUUUACUCGUUAUCUUUUGGAAGGUGUAAUAUUCUCUGAAUUUAAAAAAUGGUUCCCUUCAAAAAUAAAAAAGAGUAUUUCACCACAAAUUGUAACUGUUUCAUGGGGGAUCAUUCGCCCUGAGGUACGUUCUAUAGUAUCUCUUCUUGUCACUGACAAGAUCGAUUCAAAGAGGAAACUAUUACAACAAUGGGAGUCUGACGUCCAAUAUCUUUCGAAAGAGCUGGCAUCAUGGAUACGUCCGGAAUGUGUCAAUGACUUCCAUGCAUCGUGGCCGCUGAUACAAAGUCGUCCCAUAUCCUAAUUCUGCGAUAAGGUUUACAACAUGUAAAUUAUUUUUAUCUUUGUUAUCAACUUUAAAAAUACAUAUGUACAGUAGUGUUUAUUUCCUUCACCUUCCAGUAUCAUUAAUCAAUAUUGAUAGUCGGGAUUCAAGACAAACCAGUGUCUUUUAUACUGAAAAUGUCUUACUUUCUAUUACAUUGUUUGUAUUAGUCGGUGAAUAGAUUGAUUCUCAAUAUCUUAUAUUUCAAGAAGUUAGUAUAAUAAUUUGCCCUAGAA